AUGUCAGACUUGAAGGCGGUCAUCAGCGGAAAAAAUCUUCAAGUCCCCUCCGAGCGCAUUCCCGCAGGGAUCUACAUAUCCGUCAAUGUCGAUUCCCAGAGACGCUGGAAAUCGGCCAUCAGUGUCUUAUCAUCCGACAGAUCUGUAGUGUGGAGCGACACUGUGACUCUAUCAUCCCAUGCCUCACCUGCGUUAUCAGUGGAAAUAUGGGCAUCUUAUGAGGCCGGUCGAAUGCUAGGCAGCGGAGAGGUCAUUGGGAAACUUCAAACGUCGUGGGAUGACCUACUCGAUCACGGAGAUGAACCUUUCGUUUUGUCCUUCCCACCCAUUCGUGGUGUCCACUCUUCCCUCACGCUGAAGGCCGCCAUUGUACAUACUUGCGACGAUCAGGAGGGCGUGCUGUCUGAUUCCCUCGUAGACUGCGAAAUCGCUCGAGACACAGAUGCGGGCCAUGCACAAUUUGCUGCAUACGUGACGAGCAAAGCGGUCUCUCACCUGAACGAUGCAGUGCAGCAUUUUCAGUUGUUCUAG